AUGACACAGGUCAAGCGGGGCGACGGGGAUGUGGAGGGUCGGGAAAUGGAGUGUAACAGUUGGCGGUGGCUGCGUGUCACAGACUGUGGCCAAAGCUCCGGCUCCUUAUUUGUCACCUCGCACAGCCCCCACGUUGCUUACGUCCCCAUGCUGGCGCCCUAUCAGGCCACUGACCAAAGUGACUGGCUGCUGGACAGCGCUCUGGGAAGAUGGCUGGCUUCAAGACGAUUCGUCUUCACAAACCUCACUCUGCUCAAAGUGCUGCUGUGGCUUGUGCUGCUCGGCCUGUUUGCUGAACUGGAGUUUGGCCUGCCCUUCUUUGUCCUCUCCCUCUUCUACUGGCUCUACGAAGGACUGCGGAGCCCAGCGGCCCGUCAGCCCGGAGAAAUGAGCGCUUAUUCUGUGUUCAACCCGGACUGUGAGCCGCUGCUGGGCGCUCUCACUGCCGAGCAGCUGGAGGGAGAGAUGGGUUAUGGACAUCUGGCUUCACAUUUAUAUUGAAUAAUCACAUCUUAUCAGCAUUCUACAGGGAUUUACACUAAUGUUUUUUAUGUCUGUAUUACUUAUUCCUGAUUCUAUUCCUAAAAGCAGUUCUGUUUGUGAAAUAUGGCUAUGUGACAUCAAAUAACUUAAGCUUUAACUCAUUUCUAAUUUUGUAGAAAUGUGGGAAUGGUAAGGAAACUGGAGAGAAACAGCAGCUUUGAAAUUUAUAUUAGAACAAAUGUUCCUCACUUCAAAUAAAUGGCUUUUCCAAUUCUAAUGAUUAAAGCAGUGUUGCG